AUGGGUAGCAAAAUGGACAUGCGUGUCUCGCUUCUGUUGAAGGCGACUAGCGCAGUCGACUACCCCAAAAUGUCCGCCCGUGCGUUUGCCCCCGCGGUCGCCCUGCAGCAGCAUCAGCUCGCGCCCUCCGCCGCGCACGCCGGCGCCCAGCCACGCUCGCUGUCUAGCCCGUCGCGCCGUGCCACACCGCUCGCGCACCCGCCGCCGUCGCCCGCGCGCUGCAGCCGCACGCCGCGCCAGCCGCGCCGCCGCUCGCGUGCUCUCCCGCAGCGCAGCUCGCGCGCACGCCCCGUCGCCCGCGCGCUCGCCACCGCAGCCGCACGCCGCGCCGACCUCGCCACGCCCGCGCUCGGCCACCCCGCGCUCGCGCCGCCCGCGCGCGCCGCAUUGCCGCGCUUGCGCCAUCCGCCCCCGCUCGCCCGCCUGGCCGCGCUCGCCUCGCUCCGUUGCCGUUCUCCCGCUUGCCCGCCGUCCUCCCGUGCUCGUCGCCUGCCGUGUCGCUCGUCCGCAGCCCGCGCGCACUCGCCGCUUAACUGCUCGGUGCGGCGUCCCGCUCGGGCCGCCACCCGUGCCCGCGCCCCCGCCUGCCGCCGCGCGCGCCGACCUCGUGCCAGCCACGCGCUAGCAGCUGCCGUCGGCGCUCGCCCCGCGCGCCCGCAGCGCCGGCCCGCCCCGCUCAGCCACGCGCCAGCCUGCCACGGCCCGCUCGCGCCCUCGCCUCGCCCUGCUCGCGCCCCCGCCUCGCCGCCGGACGCGCCUCGCCCCGCCCAGCCCCGCCCCCGCGCGCCCCCAUCCUGCCGCCGCGCACGCUCGCCACACUCGCCCGCAGCCGCCGGCCCGCCCCGCCUCGAUGCCCACCGCCCACCAGCGCCCGCGCGCGCUCGCCGGGUGCGGCCUGCGCCAGCUGCUCCUUCCUUGCUGGAGCUCGUCGUGGAGGCAAGCGGCAGCACGAAGCGGGCAUCCAUGGCCGUGGAAAAAGAGAAAAAAAGGAAAGAGGGGACGUGUGGGCAGAUGGGCCCUUUUUAUUUGUAUGACGGGCGGGCAUACUGCACAUGCAAGUGGACCGAGGCGGAUGAGGAGUGGCCAGAGAGUGUCCAUCUGUGUCCGCUUCGGGCUCAAAACGAGACCAACUUUGGUCCAGAGAUGGGGUGA